AUAUUUCUGUGCUAUUUCGGAGGUCAGUGGAGCUUUUUGACUCCAGCGGUUUGCAUAUUUUAUUGUCUAACCUCUCUUUCACAGAAAUUCACCUUCGUCCUCCCCUGGUUCUUGAUGUUUUCUUCCUUUUGAGAACAACCUCAGUGACAAAAAUCUCCUGUCCUUGAGAAUCGUUAGUCCAUCUUCUUUCACUAAAUCUUGUCGUUAGUUCUAUGCUUUGUUUCAGAUGUUGGUGAACGCAGCAUACAGGAUCCGCCACAAAUUGGACACUGUCGAGGCGUCGCUUUAAUCAGGGUCUGAACUUCGUCGUGCUGGGCCGGCUGUAAGCACGUAAUCUGCAUAAUUGCACAAACGCUGGUCCUUUCGGGAUUUGUUUGUGAUUACAGCUCUGAGCAGGGUCGGCCGCAGAUGGGACUGAUUCCAGGCGUUCCUUUAAUCACCAUCAUCUUGACCUCGAUGCUGGUCCUGAGACAACUGACGAGAGAGAAGAAAAGCCGGAGGAGCCCGGAGGCAAUGCUCAGCGUGGAAGAUGUGCCGCCAGGAGAUGAGUACGAGGUGUUCUUGAGCUUCAGGGGAUCAGACACACGGAACAACUUUACCGAUUGCCUUUACCAUGAAUUGAGACGCGUUGGAUUCCAUGUCUUCCGAGACAACGAAGAACUCCGAAUUGGCGAAAAAAUCGAUGAGGAGAUUUUUAAAGCGCUCAACAAAUCUCAAAUCUACAUACCGAUUUUCUCCAGGAACUACGCUACCAGUUCAUGGUGUCUCCGUGAGUUGGCAUACAUGGUAGAAUGCACCUCAGAUGAGAAGAAAAAGAAAAAGAUACUCCCCAUCUUCUUUGACGUGGACCCUAAUGACGUUAAGCUCAAAACCAGAUUGUACAGGAAAGCCAUACCCAAGCACAAGAAGAAGUUCGGCUCUGAUGCAUUGAAGCGGUGGGAGGAUGCUCUUGUAGAGGUUGCACAUCUAAAGGCAUGGGAAGUCAAAGGGAAAGGCCAUGGAGAACUAAUUAAAUUGGUUGUUGGAGAGGUAUUGCGUAAGCUUAAUGCCAGACACGUGGAUGUGCCUGAAUAUUGGGUUGAAGAUCAUUGUCGGAUGGAAAACAUACUAGAAAAGUUGAAAGUUGACUCCGAUGGUGUACGUUUCCUUGGUAUUCAUGGAAUAGGUGGUAUUGGUAAAACAGUACUUGCAAAGGUUGUGUUCAACAAAAUAUCUUCUCACUUUGAAGGUGUUUGUUUCCUCAACGAUGUGCGAGAAUCAUUGCAACAUGGCCUUAUAAGCGUGCAGAAAAAGUUAUUAGCUAGUUUUGUGGGUCCUGUGAAUGCUGAUCAAAUCAAAGACAUUGGAGAUGGGAUGAAUCAGAUCAAGAGAGUAUGUCAUAAUCAAAAAGUUCUCAUUGUUCUAGAUGAUCUAGAUAAGCAAGAGCAACUCAAAAAACUAGCUGGAAAAUCAGACUGGUUUGGUUCAGGUAGUAGGAUCAUCUUCACCACUAGAAACUUAGAGGUCUUGAUGACUCAAGUGGAAUCAUCUAGUGAAGACGUCCUAAGUGAACCUAGAGGAACUUUGGCAUAUGAAGUUCAUGAAAUGGAGUUUGCUCAAGCAGUUCAGUUGUUUUGUAAGCACGCAUUUAGGAGAGACUCUCCCCCAGAAGGAUAUGAUCAUCUUUCGGAGAAAAUUGUUCUUAGAGUGGGUAUGCUUCCUUUGGCCGUUGAGGCCAUAGGUUCCUUUCUUUAUUGCCACGGCUCUACCUUGGAACAACAUUGUGAUAAAAAAAACCUAUGGGAAGAUACAUUGAAGCGGUUAGAUGACGGUCCUUUUCAAGAUGUCCGAGAUGCAUUGAUGAUAAGUUACGAAGGAUUGGAGAAUAAGGAAAAAGAAGUAUUUCUAGAUAUAGCUUGUCUUUUCACCAACAAGGACCAAACAUAUCCAGUUUUCAUGUGGCACGAGUGUAAUUACCAUCCUCACUUGGCAAUUAGUGUCCUUUGCCAGCGAUCCUUGAUAAAAAUUGGACAUGACAAUAAGUUUUGGAUGCAUGACCAAGUUCGAGAUUUGGGAAAGCACAUCAUGCGUGAAAAAUAUCCUCGCAAAUUUAGUAGGGUGUACAUUAAAGAGGAUGCUAUAAAACUACUAGAGAGAAAAGAGAGAAAUGAAGAUGUAAAAGCACUAUGCCUGACUUCCGAUAUCUGCAACCGCAACUUUCAAGUUGAAGGUACAUUGAAGGGGUCAAUGAUAAGUCUUAAAGCACUGACGAUUAAGGAAAAAGCAAUAUUUCUAGAUGUUGCUUCAUUUUACAUCAACAGCAACCAAACAAAUCCAGUUAUUAGCACCCUCCGCCAGCGAAUCUUGAUAGGAAUGGAAUUUGACAAUGAGUUGUGGAUGCAUGACCAAGUGACUUCCGAUAGCUGCAGCCGCAACAUUGGACCUAAAGAAUUAGAUGCUCUGUCAGGUCUAAGAUUCCUUCAAGUUGAAGGCAUUGAUUUUAUAGGCAACUGCAAGAAUGAUAUUUUGGAGCUACGUUGGCUUUCUUUGGAAGGGACGCAUAAUAAAUUUUGUGCGGGGAAUUUUCAUUCUACUAGUUUAGUCAUGCUAGACCUUUCAAGGAGCAAUAUCGAAGAUGACUGGGGUGGAUGGAGCCAAUUCCAGCAGAUGACAAAAAAGCUGAAAGUCCUGGAUUUAAAGGAUUGCAAAAAGUUGACGAGGACACCUGACGUCACUAACUUCAUGUCUUUGGAGAUCUUAGUACUUGCUGGGUGUGUGAGUUUGAUCACAAUCGACUGCUCCAUCGGUAAGCUUGAAUUAAGACUUUGAACAUCAAGGGGUGUGUGUCUCUUGGGAAGUUGCCCCCAGAAGUUGGUUCUCUACCUUCUUUGAAGAUCGUCCGGGACCCGAGUACUGGAAUCAUUGACACUAUGAAAAGCCUCCAGGAGCAGACACGUUUGAGAAAGGAGAAAUUCCCACCGGAGCUUCCCAAGCUAAAAUGGCUCCGGGAAACACUCUGGGAGAUACUUCCAAAGCCUCUUUUAGCUGGAGUGUGGGCGAACCUUACCCGAUUAAGUUUACACGGGUCUGGGGGAACAAAGGCGCUUUUGGAGAGACUUGACAAUCUGGAUUUUCGGCCAGACAUUCUGAUAGAAGUGUACCCUUGAAAUCAGUAUGACUUCCAAAGUUUAUCGGAAGGUAGGAGAGCCAAAUUCCAUCCAUUUCCCAGGCCACUGGUAUUCUUUAUGGAGUUUUCAUGCAUAUAUUUGAUGGCCAUGUGACAUUUCAGAUGCGAAUUUCGAUUAUAUGAUAAGUUACUUCGUAAACAACA